AUGUCUCUGACCUCCAUGUCAGAGGGAAGCAGCAAAAUGUGCAAAAAAAACAAUAGAGCACGCGUAAGUCCAACCAGAUGUGAAUACUCUAUCAAUAACCUCCAUGAUAAUAACAAUGGAAGAGGCGAUUGUGGAAACGCGCAGUACGCCUCUCGAAAGUCGUCCGACUUCCCGCAUAGCCCUAAUCAAGCGGAAUCGGGCUGUCGUGAGGGCUCUCAACCCAAUGUUGGUGACCUAUUUGGAAGCCAGCCGGAAAGUUUGCGAUACGGAUUCAAUUCUUUUUACCGCCGCGCUGACAGUCCGCCGUAUUAUAAGCUUUCAACGGUUGGACGCGCUACUGGCCAAAGUAGCGCUAUCCCCGCAUGGAGAAUAAGAAUUGAAGAACGUAAAUCAAAGGAUAGAGCUCUCAUCGGCAGACUGAUAUGCUUCAGAUCAGGCAAUAACAGGCAAAGAAUUGAGCACACCGUCAGGAUGGCGUUUGCUGGGAUAAAUGGCAGUUUUUCCCAGCCGGAUGUAAUGCAAAAACUGACAGAGCGCAUAGAUGAUCUGAAGCAGAGAAUCGCUGCUUGGAGAAAGCGGAUUCGGCGAUAUACCGAGAGUUCGACUCGGUUAAAUCAGAAUCGUCUCUUCCAGAGUGAUCAUAAGAGACUCUAUGAAUCAUUGGAGCGACCAAUGCUAAUUGCAACGGGCCCAGCACCGAAUCAGGCCGACACUGUAACAUUCUGGCGCGGCCUGUGGUCAGAGCUCGUAAACCAGAGCGAGGGCCCUUGGACAGAAGUUUUGGUGAGUCAGUGUGCGAGUAUAACGCCCAUGGACUCCGUCAUUAUAAUGCUGGAUAGCGUCCAAGUAGCAACGAGGUGGUCCUGA